AUGGUCUCCGACUUUUUAAGAACGCGAAAUGGUGCAGCGUUUCUUCCUGUUGUGCUGUUUUAUAUGCAUUUCUGUAAAAAGAGUGUGUAUUUGGUACAGUUGGCAAUGGCACAAGGACCAGCGAGCUUUAAACAUGAUCAACAGAUUUCACCAUCAGAUUGUCCCAUGCUUCCAUGUCACGAGUUAAUUUUUAUCAAGGAAGCAAAGCUUCUUGAAUACUCAAAUAGUCACAGAGCGGAAGAAUGGUCCCUUUCCCAGUUUUUAGUGCUUUACCGUGAAAAAAUUCUUACAGCCCCUCCAUUUCAUGACGACUGGCACGCUCUUGAUGGAACGUGGUCGAGGAGGUUUACAUGGGCAGGUCAAGAACUAAACAAUAAUAUUGAUUUGAAAAAAAAGAUUGAAACGAAGUUAAUAAUAGACAAAGAAGGUCUUCAAACUCUUCACACGUCGGUAAAAUCUCAUGGAGAGAGAGUUCGCACAAACUAUGAUAAUCGAGAGGCAAAUGAAAGGGAUUAUGGUCAUCAGCAUGUUUCCGGUGAAAAUAACUCCGCAACUUCAGAACAAGACAAAGAACCCUUCAAGGAUUGUAACGAUGAGAUCAACGAUUUCUUUGACAAUUCCUCUGGAACUGAAAAACAGUUGACAAAUUCGUUUAAUAAACGGCUUAAGUCUGAUCCAAACAGCGAGGGAGAUGACAGCGCCGAGUCCGAAGAUGAAGAAUCUGAAUCGGAAAGUUCAGGGUCAGAGUAUAUGCCCAGUGACACCGAUGGUCCAAAGCCUGCACCAUUAUUACUCCCAUCAAAGUUGAAAUAUUUCACCGAGUUCUAUACAGGAAUGAUAAGUCCAAGAAAUGGAUAUUGUCUUCAGGAACAUGUGUCGAAGAUGUUCUCCUUCAUGAGGGAAAAAU